AUGAAGCUCCUUUUUCCUGUCUUUGCCAGCCUCAUGCUACAGUACCAGGUGAACACAGAAUUAUUUGGCUCAAGAUGCUUAAUGAGUUUUGGGAGAUGCAGAAACCAGUGUGCUGUGUAUGAGAAAGAGGUACAGAAAUGCAAGAAGAAAAAAUGUUGUGUUGGACUCCAAAUAGUUCAAAUGCUAAAGAACUACCUGCAAAAGGAAAUGCCCCACGUAUUUGAAGAGGACAUCCAAAAAUGGCUAAAUGCUACCAAGAAUUCUAGGGCUAUGAUACAAACAAAAUACAAUAUUUUAUCUGUCUCCCCCAAAAUCAGAAGCCCUUUUGCCAACAUUGACACCAUCAUCAUCUCAAAUGCCAACACUGUGAACUCUGCCACCACCAACCUCAUGAUCUCAGGAAAAAUUACAUACCCUGCUACUUCUACCAAGAGUGACACCAAAAAAAGCAGAGGUUCAACCACUGACUCCCCCCAACCAUCACCACCACCAUAG